AAGAGUGAGAGGAUGGGAGAAAAUAGAGAGAGACAGAGAGAGUAUUUAUUCUCGCCAGAGAAAGUGGUUUAACAAGUUUUUUGAAUAUUGGUUUGUGUGUUAACUUGAAAAAAGUUAAAGUAAGAAAGAUAAGUUAAUAUAAACUUGGACAACAAAGUUACUUCAACACAGAAACCUUUUGACUAAUAUUCAUCUCUUAUCACAACCGUUACUUUGUAUUUAACCACAGUGAAGAAACUCUGUCAACUCUUUCCAAUCAACAAUCUUAAUUUAAACAAUUUAGUGCUUCUGUCUCUUAAGCUUUACAAUUUUCUAACUGCUCUUUUAUGAGCUUCUUCUGAUUUUGUUUGCUAAAAUCAUAUUUUCUGUUCCUCUGUUUAAGACUCAACAAGUACUUAACGUAUUCUUGGUUGCCUUACAAUGCCGAAAGUAUUUUUAAUACGUAAAAGACUGAAUCUCAAAGAGUCUAAUACCCAGUCACAGUGGCGUCCAGUUACUCCACCACCAAGUCCUGAGGACGAUGUGAAAGACGAUCAACGAAAGAGUGCAAGCUCAUCUAAGCAACCGGGUAAUCAAGCGACCUCAUCACCUAGACCAUCCUCAACGGCAUCUUCAUCAACUUCGUUAAGUUCAUCAUCUCAACCAUCAGAUUUAUCUGAGGCUUCCUCAUCAAGAGCAGAGUCAACUUCAUCCAAUUUAUCAUCGGUUCCAUCUCCAUGUUACACAGUAGAGUCAAACAAUUUUAAAGAGCAAUCGUUCCCAAGUUGGAGCUCAUCAGUAGCACCAUCACCAUUUAAUCGAGUUUCUUCAUCUUCACCAUCAAAUUCACCUUCACCUGUUUUACACCGUAAAUAUGGUUUAAUUGCUCAAUCAAAUGAAGACGAUGUCGAUGAACAACUCAGGAUUGAAAAACUUACUUUUAACCAUGACUCUCAACGUCAAUACCACUCUGACAAUCAAUUCAAAAGUUCAAAUGAUAAAUACCAUUUCAAAACUCAGUAUCAAAAACAACAGCAACAACAUCGUAGACGUCCUUCAUCUUUUUCAUCGGGAUCAUCUUGCAUGGACAAUUCAUCUUUGGAUUGGUUAUCAACUUCAGCAUCUCCUGAGCCAAUGUCACCGACAUGUGUCGAAACUCUAUCAAAUGAGUCCAAUUCACAAUGUGCUAUUGAAAAUUCACCUUCUCCUUCGUCUUCAUCCGCAUCGUCAGUAUCUUCAACUACGGCCUCAAUUUGUCAAAGAGUACCUGUAAUAAAAAACUUAAAUCAAAGCGAUGGUCCUCUUAACUUGAAAAUAUCAUCUCAACCAAGAAUUACCGUAACUGACAAAAUGUAUAAAGAGUCAAUUGAAAGAUCUCGUAUUGAAUCAAAUGGUGAGAUUGAACCAUCUCUUCCCCCAACAGUUCAACUUCUUGCUCAAAGACUAGGAAUUCCUCUUCACAUGUUUAAUUCUAUUGAUUUCGUCAAUGGAGGACAUGGAAUCAAGAAUCCUUUACUUUCUAAUGGCAAUGCUGCGAAAGUUCAGCCAGUUAUUCAACCAAGUUUGGAUGAUCCAAUGAAGUGUCCAAUAUGUGAAAAACGCUUCACAUUAUCGCGCUUACUUAAUCGUCAUCUUAAAUGUCAUUCAGACAUAAAACGCUAUUUAUGCACAUUUUGUGGCAAAGGCUUUAAUGACACCUUUGAUCUUAAAAGGCACACCAGAACUCAUACAGGUGUUCGUCCAUACAAAUGUAAUCAUUGUGAUAAAUCAUUUACUCAAAGAUGCUCUCUCGAAUCUCAUACUCUUAAAGUCCAUGGUAUUUCGCACACAUAUGCAUACAAGGAAAGGAGGACAAAAAUUUACGUUUGCGAGGAGUGUGGAAAUACUACCAAUCAACCAGAAUCACAUUAUCUCCAUCUUAAACAGAAUCAUCCUUAUUCGCCUGCUUUGGCAAAAUUUUACGACAAAAGACAUUUCAAAUUUAAUGAUUCUAAUUUUCCUUUUGCUGAAUGAAAAUAUCAAUCCCAUUGUUAUCAGUCUCAUCAUUUGCAUCAUCCACAAUUUUUUUAAUUUUAUUGAUAUUUUUUUGGGUGUUAUCACCAUUUUUGCUGCAUUUUUUCACAAUUUCUUUUCAUCUCAAUUGGUUUUUCUGAAACAAGAAAAAAUCCACCGCUGAUGACAACGAUUCUGAGUAAUCUGUGUAAAUCAAUGCAGGCUUAUAUUUAUUAUAAGCAAGUUAUUGAUUUUUCCUGUAAAACUGUAAACUCUAUGAAAAACUUUCAUUCAGCUAAUUUUUUCACUAUCAUUCAAUUGUUUUUUAAUUAAGCAACACAAUCCUUUCCUUGACUUUUUUAACUAUCAUGUUAAUUGUGUGAACAGAUGUUCAAUGCAAAAAUAUCACUUUUUGAUGUUGGCAAUCGAUUCUAUUGGAUUUGAACAAUCAAACAAAUUAAAAACUUAUCUGUUAA